AUGAGCGAAAGUAAAAGUAAUUCCGUUUCUGGUGCGCUUGGCCUCACUUUGGUCGAUUAUUUGGCUGUGGUUGGCUUUGACAAGGACAAGGGACUUGAGGUAAGACAUUUACAAUACUAGAAACUAGUUUUCGUAAAAUAUUGUCAGUUCUCCUAUGUUCAACACAAAGGUUAUAUACUUGAACAACAACAUUUAUUAUAAUAACUAAUCUAUCUUAAAUUCCAUUUUCUAUUAAAGCAUCUCAAAAUUUGACUAAAGUAAGAUUAAAUUUGAGCACUAUAUCCACGGUAUAUUGUGAAACAAAAUUCUUUACAGCUAGACCGAAAUGCGGAAGCGGCGGCUGAGCUGAGUGGCUCAGUUCUGUCUAAAGCACCAUUAGACAGAGCGUACCAGACCUCGGUGUUACAAGUGUUCCCCCCUUCCGACCGAGUCAACUACCCUUUCACUCCCGAGAUCGCUCAGCUUUGCAUGCCUAAGGGCUUAAGGUUCUACACAGAGAAGAAGGUACCACCUCAAACCGAGUUCCAUUCCUUCGUACUAACAAAAGAAGAUGGUAGUAGGAUAUACGGCUGUGCUUUCACCUUCUUCGAACCCGUACAUGACAUCCAAGUACGACAACAAAUGCUCGAACUUAACCAUCAGUACAUCCAGCAGAAGGUGGAGUCGGAUGUCACGGCACGGAACGACAGUCAUCACGGUCUACAACAAACCCACACUCUUCCUCGUAACAUAUCAUCAACAUCUCGUCGCAACUUCUCUCAUCGAGAAAGUUACUACGACUCUACCAACAAGAACAUCUUCGUAUCAAAGUGUAUCUGUGUCGUCCAACGACUGCCUAUGUUAUUCUCUACCCAACAUCUGUUAUGUUCUUUGUAUAUAGCCGCGUUAACUCCGAGAAAGUCGCAAUACACACUAGAACAGUUGAUAUACUGGUCGUUGCAUCAGGUACCACUUCCUAUUCCCGGUACCAGUUUACAAUGUAAUUAUGGAGGAUUGGAAUUGGCAGUACGACGACCUGCCUUUGGGGAAUUACACUUUUUCGAUUACCCGAUGUGUGAUCUGUUCAGCUUGAUCGAUGUAGAGACGUUCGUACGACUCUUUACUUCGUUCAUGCUCGAACACCAGAUUUUACUCUGUUCACGACGUAUGUUUUACCCUUUUUUUGUUAUUUUAGGUAUAUCUUACCCAAAAAUAUUUGACUUAUUGCACAUAUGACAAUCUUUAUGGCAAUAAGCCUACGUUAGUAUACAUUAACAGAAAAUAACUUUUUCUUAUGACGAUAUGUAUGAUAUGAUGAUUAACCAUAAGGUUUUUCAGAGAUGGAUAGGUUAAUGUUAGUCGCCGAAUGCUUAUCAGUUUUGUUAUUUCCAUUCCGCUGGCAAUUACCCUAUGUACCUAUUGUACCAUACUCUCAGCUCAACUUCAUUGAAGCCCCGGUUGCAUAUCUUUUAGGUUUUUGUUACGAAGACCGAAUCCCCGAUCAGAUAUUUCAGGUAAUACCUAAAAUUACAUCAGCCAGGGUUUGUGAAAGCUUGGUUAUGACAUUUAUCUGGAUGAACUUUGACAAAAAUAACAUAUAGACCGUAUUUUACAUUUUAAAAAUAAAAAAAGCUUUAAAAUUUAAAGACUGAUAUAUCAGCUGAUAUAGAAGAUACGUUACCUAUAAAUCACCUUUUCAGAGCAAUAUUUGCAUUCUGGACAUCGACUCCAAGAAGCUAGACACUCCAGAAGAAGUUCAGACAUUCCCUCAGCACGAAAAACUGGUACGACAACUAAAACGGCUCUAUUUAAGGUAGGAACUCAUCUUUAUAUUGUCUAUGUUUAGGUUUCAAACCAAUCCCACCAACUUCUAUGGAGAUAGUGCAGUAAAAGAAGAGGCAGUAGAAGAAAAGAGGGAAAUGAGCCCAGUGAAAGUUGUUAUGAGAAGAGAUGCGGGUGUUCAACAACGAAGAAACAACUUGAACAGAAAGGGAAUUGUAGAUGAAUUGUCUGAAGGUGAGUAAAAUAACAUUUUUAACAAUUGAAGAAAAAUUAACAAUCAAAAAGAUUAAAUUUAUAACAGAUUUUAUAUAUAAAACGUAAAUAAUGGCUAAACUAACCCAAAUGAAACUAUAAAUAAACCAUUUCAGGUGUAACAUUCCGACAAACCCCUACAACAACAUCUGAUUGGACUUCAAAACGAAUGUCACGAUCUUUUGACAAUUCAGAUUCCUUAGAAGCCUUCAAAGAUGAACCUCAUUACUACGACGAAAUGGAAGAAUCAACUUCAAAUAACAACAUCGUACGUGACACUGUAGCACCACCAAAGCCCACCGAGAACGUCCAGAAGUACUUCAACGCUCUCAACUUUAACACCACAGUACGAGAGCUGUUUCUACAUCAUUUUGUUCAACUAUUCUCAAAUUAUGAGCAAUUCGUGGUCAUUAACAAGAUGAACGACAAGAUCCGAGACUCUGUGGUCGAUUUCGAUAAGGCUUCUUUCCUUUCCGACCAGCCAGAUUCAUACCUACCAUUCCUGGCAGCUUUUCUUGAGACUCAAAUGUUCACCAGCUUUAUCGAUGCCAAGUUGAAAGCUCAAUUCAACGAGGUCGAUGAGAAUCUGAUGUUGUUUGAUAAGAGAAUCAAUGACCUGAAGACCCAGCUUCAAGGAAACGGAUCUAACAGAGUUUCCAUGAUUAAUCAGAUGCCGGAAUUCAAUGCUAACGGUAAGAAAAGAACCUAAAUUUAUAAAAACAAUGAAAAUCAUGUUACUUACCAUAUUUUUUAUAAUUUAGUUGGCUUUCCGUCCAACUUUUUAUUCAUCGCCGUGUUAGAAUCUGAGAUCCAAUAACUGGUGUAGCUAAAACAAUAUUUUGCCUAAAAAACCAAACAUAAAACAAAAAUAUUACCUAAAUUUCAUUACAGCAAUUGCACAAGAACAACCUCGAUAUCAUUACGAAGUUCCAUCGCCAUCAUCCCAUUUGGCAUCGACCAGUCGAGAAAAUAAUUCAUCCAGUUUUCCUGAAAUCGAUCCUGAUCUCUUUGACGUUUCUUCCGCCUCACAAGAACACCAACUACCAUGGAUGGCACCAAACAACAAAGCAGUACUAUUAGCUGCUGAAUUGGACGAACAAAAAAGAAAUUCGAAUAUCGCGUCACCGAGAAAGAAACAGCGAAAGAAACGAGAACCAGGUAGGUUAAUAUAAUAUUUUAAGGCGGUUUAGGUCAUUUUUUGCCUAUAAUUUUAGACAAUAUUAAUUUUUAGACAUUAGAAUGUAUGUAAAAUAUUGUUUUAUAAAAUCUAAAAUUAUGAAUAUUAUUUUCUGAGUCAUGUUUUUCUCUCGUUUUUGUGUCAACUCUCCCUGUUAGCUUUAAUGUAAAUUUACUGCGAAAUGAGUUAUUUAAAAUUGAAAAAAAAAAUAGUUUCUGUUAUAAAUUACUAUGUAAUAUUAAAAAUCUUUACAAAAAUUCUUUUAAAAAAUUGCUUUAGUAACGACAGACACGAAAGAACAAAACUAUGCCUUCGUGAAACAACUUCUGAAGGAGACAAAGGUCAAAACAAACCGAUUGUUGUUGAUGAAGAUGGGCAAAGAGGCAUUAGAUCUUGGUCAUCACGAUUCUGCAGUCCAAGGAGUCGAAGAGAACACGUUAGUAGCGGGAUUCUGCGAUCUUCUAGAUCGUGUUUGGGCCAACGAUUUGAAGAAGAAGACGGCCGUCAACGACAGAACGUGGACUCAGGAGGAGAAAAAGGUAUUUUUUGUUGCUGGAGAUGUACAUUCAUUGGUUGAAAAUUCAUUUUCGUUGUUUGUGUUGUACAUUCAUUAGGAGAAUAUUGAGGUAGCGUUAAAAGCAAGGUCACAUUUUUAAGCUGAAAGACGAUAAAUUGCUUUUCUUAAAGCGAGGACGUUUUACAGAGUAUACCUUCGUAUUUACAGAGAAAGUCAGCCUUAUGGACCAACAUUUUCCGUUACUGUGAGAACAACAAGCCUGACCUGGACCGGGUAUCUAAACAUAAUCAUCCGAACGUAUCUCCAGGUAAGUUACUUUUACACGUCGACUAAAUUGAUAUAUUUAAGUUAAAAUUUACGAAGAUGCCGUAUUUUACAUUUCAAAUUCAUUUUAUUAUUUUUAAAUUUCGUAUUUUAGUCUUUUUUUCAAAUUUCUUACUCGGUUUUUAGGUAACAUUAACACUUUUUUUAUAUUUAAAAAUAAUUUUACAGUUUAAUUGGUAUUUCACAAUAUUUUAAACGUAUUUCAAUAUAUUUUACUUCGUAUUUUAGCCCUUAUGUGGAUUAUUUUCCGAAAGCGAAUGGAAUGUAAGCACAAAUUUUAAAACUUUUGGCUUUGCGCGCUUUCAAAAGUGGUUUUUCGUUGUUGUAUAUUGUGAAUAUUGUGUUUGAGGUAGCCGUAGUAUUGAAAAGUAUUAUUCGUAGUUGUAGUAGUAGCUAAAAUGCGUUUUAUUUUUUUUUAAAUGGCUUAAAAUUGGCUCAAAAGAGCUGAAAAUGGGUAACAAUCAGCUAAAAAAAGCGACAAAAGCUUUUAAAAUGACCAAAAUGUCACCAAAUUUAAAAAACUUGUCAACCAUACUAUUCUGUAGAAGUAUAUGAUGCCAUAAACAACAACCCUGAAGCCGGCUUCGAAGAUCGCGACCAAGGUGCUUUGGCUGAUAUUAUCCAUAAAAUCCGUAAUCUGACAGAGACCGAGCCAGAAGUCUCGGCCUGGAACAAGAUAGUCAAUGUCGCCAACUUUGUCUCGGACAAGAUCGUCAGUAAACUGGAUGAAGAAGGCAACUUUGGCGACAAUAACAACAGAGAGAGAGGGAGGUCGGUCCAAAGAGGCAACAACACUAUCGACCGGUUGUUCGGAUGGCGAUCCAACUCUGUAGCGCCUUCUGAAGGCGACAGAGAGGUCGAGAGGGAAGGGCGACGACCUGACAAGGUUGGAGCAACAAGAAUGGGGGAGGUUGAGGGUCAGAGGAACCUACUACAAAAUCGAAGAGGUCAAUUUGAAGAUGUUAGACAGGCUUCUAGGACUGAAAACCAGAAUGUCAGGCCAGAAAACAUGAACCAGAUGCCAGAAAAUCAAUAUUCGAGACCCGUGCCAGGAAAUAGACCAGGCCUAACUGACCAAAUAGAGCACCAUCGGUCAGCCAACAGGCCUGGACUACCAGUACCAGAAGCACCACCUUCAAGGAACGUCCGGCAGAAUGUCGCUGAACUUCCACCUCAUCCACAACAACAUCGUGCCAACAUUUAUCGCCAUCCCGAGCCUCAGCGACAAGCCAGGCCCCCCUUACCUCGAAGCAUCCACAAGUCCAGUUCAGUCAGUGGUAAGGUGUCGUACUGUAACUUUAUUCUCACACUAACACCUGGUACUGUCGUUUCUUUUCACUAACACACAUUUGGUACUGCACUUAACAUGUCGUACUGUAACAUAUGGUACUUUUUUCUAUUGGUACUGUAACUCUUAUGCUACUGACAAUGUUACAGUACCUUGUAAUACAGUUCGAGGUAGAAUACCUUCACUAUAAUAACACAUGGUACUGUAAUCGCAAUUUAUUACUAACGUGUAGUACUGUAACACUAACAACACACCACAUCUAACUUAACUUGCACUAUAUCACACUCUCUUCACUACUAAAUCUACUAAUAUCAUAUAUCACUUAAAUUAGGUGCAAAUUAAUUAAAACUUACAAAAAUGCUUUACAAUAUGCUGCAGUAUGCUUAUCACUUACUUAGUAUAAUGGCAUUUAUUGCGGUGUAACUUACGCUAAUAGCUACAGUAUUCAUGUCGGCAGCUAUAUUUUGGUUGGCGUUACAGUAAUCUUUGUGAAAAGUUACAGUAAUCACGCUGGGUUAACGAUAUCUAUGCCAAGAUCGCUAAGCCAUUUUAGUUAUACCAAGAUUACUGUAAUCAUGCUGACAGCUACUAUAGUUAUGCCAUGGCUACAGUAACAUGCUAACAGCUACCGUAACCUUAAGUAACGCCGUUUGCUAAUCUUAUGUUAUGCUAACUUUGUCUACAGUAAUCCUGUUACCUAAACCUUGCUCUUUCAGACUUUGCUCCCCAAUUGAACGAGAAUCGACCGCCUCAGGCACAAAGAGAUCACUCAGUCCGUCGCGGCCGAGACCAGUCCAGAGGGCCGCAUAAGGAAAGGAAAAGGUCGCUUUCGAGAAGUCGCGACUGCGACGAAAAGCUGGCUGAGCUUCCACCACUCCCGACUAGUCUACUUUUCGAUUUUAAGUGAGUUUUUUAACUUAAUCUUUGUUUUGCACGGUGCAAGUUUAACGAAAGUCCUAUUGCACCGUGCAGAGUUUAAAAAUUCGGUCAAAAAGUCUAUAGAAUUUUAGAUUUGCCUUAUUUUACCUUUCCAAUUAAGUUUUUCAAUUUACUUUUGGCCUUACUUUUCAAUUUGCAAUGAUUAAUAUGAUUGCACCGUGCAAACUCUUAAUUCAUUUGUUUGCACGGUGCAACGAAAUCAAUUUCUUUGCACAGUGCAAAAAUCUCUCAUUUAUCCCGUUGCACUGCACCGUGCAAACAAUUCCGAAGUUGAACUGCACUGUGCAAGAAGAAAUUCUUUCAACCAUUUGUCGCUCGUCCUUACGCUUUUUCGCUACCCCAGCUGUCGCGAUAAGGUUGGGUUUGCGGCAAUUUGAAGUGUCGCUCAAACUUCCGCUUUGUCGCAACCCCACUGUCGCGGUAAAUUUGAAUGUCGCUCUCGUCUUUCGUUGUGUCGCCAUAUUUGGAAGAACGGCAAAAAAAACAUGUCGCAGAGGACGUUGCAAAAAAUCCUCGCAAAUCUUUUGCGACAUUUUUGCUUUUUGUCGCAAACAAAUCUGUCGCAGAGAAUGUCGCUUGCACGUUGCGACAUGUCAUGAGCGAUCGCCAAUGCUUUUCAUUCAUUUUUCAAGAGUUGUCGCAACAUGAACAACGACAAAAAUCGACAUUCAGUUUGUCGCAAGAUUCUUCAUUUGUUGCGACAUCUUUCUUUUCCCGCGACUAGGAAUUGACUGCGACGAACAAUCCAAAAGACAAAUGUUGCCCUAAUGUCGCAGGUUUUUUUUGUCGCUUGAAAUUUCUGAACAGUUUUGUCGCAAGUUUUUGGGUUUGCGUCAGAAAUGCCGCGGAAAAAUUAUUGUCGCAAAGGAAAGGUGACGCACUGUGCAAUGGUGAUCUGCACAGUGCAUUGGAAAGGAAAAGCUUGACUUGCACGGUGCAGUAAAGAAAAAGAAAGUGUGCACGGUGCAAACAAAAAGAGGGAAUUCAUUUGCACAGUGCAGUGAAAAAAGCGGUUUGCACUGUGCGAAAAAUAAAUUGGAAUUAGAUUAUCAACUUGAAUAUUGAUCAUUCUGACCUUUCUUUUUCAGCAACAUAUUCCGAAUGACAGAGAUCCGAACAGACAUUGGCUAUGCGCGAGCUUUUGUCAGAUUGGCGUUGGAAAGAAAGUUGCUGCAUUCCCAUCUGAAGACCAUCCUGUCCGACCACCGCCUUCUUCGUGAACUCUAUCGUCGCUCUGGUUUCCUGAGGUCAGAAGACGAGAGGGAACAGUUCCUCUAUCACAUAUUGUCGCUGAAUGCUGUCGACUUCACCUGCUUCACGAACACCUUCAGAAGCACGCGGAUGCAGUACGAAGUGCUACUGGUGGGCACGUUGGACCGGUUCCAGUCGUCUGGGGUCUGGAUCAUGUGUGCUGGCACGUUGGGUUCGACCCAGAAAAUCGCGAUGCCGCCAAACAGCCUUCAGUUCACGUUCGACCACAAGAACCUCGGGAUUCUGACGACGCUGAGGAUCGGACAUCGCGAGAAGAUCUCCAAAUGGUUACUACAAUAUGUGCUGGUCCGGAACAACAUCACCGGCCAGUUGUACAAGUUCAACUGCAAGAAGUGGUUCGGCCGGUCGGUGGAGGACGGUGCUCUCGAGAGGGUGCUUGUCGCCGAAGUCGUGAGUCAGAGAGCGACAGAAGAUAACAGUCCGACGGAGCAGAGUCAGCCUCAGCAGUACCUGAACUCAGUCAAGAAUCUGAUGCCCAGCUCCAUGAUGAACAAGCUGGCUAGUGCUCAUGGAGGCAGUUUGAGCACGUUGGUAUCAGGUAGGAUAUUAUACUUGAUCUAAACUGGAUUUUAGCUCAUAAGAAUAUAAAAUUUUUAAAAAAUCAAAGUUACUGUAGAACUACAGUAUCUUUUAAGACUGUAAAACCUAAAAAAUUUUUCAAGCCACCAACAGUACUAAAAGCACCAUUUUAGGAGCGAUGAGCCGCCCCGAGAGUCCAGUCUCAACUCCAGUCAAAGAACCUCACCGUCGUCGCUCAUCGUCACGUUCAGAAGUGGGCUAUCCUCAACAACAUCGCAACCAGUCCCUCUCCCGCCCCGCCCAGUACAACUACUACUCAGCACGAGAAGGGAACAAGCACCAGCGAUCGCCUUCAGUAUCAGAAGCCCCGGCCAAGUCGUGGGAUCCUCGCACCAACGAACUACAGCACCGAAUCGGAGAAGCCGUGAACGCCCUGGUGAAGCACUUCUUGUGCCAGUCAGGGAACCCGACUGCCAAUCUGACUCAGCUCCUGUGCGGCGAGAAGGGGCUGAUCAAGUACCUGGAGCAGGUCUUCAUCCUCGGCCGAAAGGAUUCGCUCUUCAGAUUCUUCGGGAAGACGUACCCGUGGGAUUACAUAGGUAAGGGAGUCUAAAAACACUGUAAAUACCUUAUAUUAGCAUUUAAAUUAUUUUUUAAAUUCAAUUUUAAAAUUUUACAGAUUGCCUGGAGGUACAUUACCUAAAAAGCUCAAUUUUUAACAAAAAUCAAGCAUUUUCAUAUUUUUAAAUUUUAAAAUUUUAAAUUUCAGAAAAGUCGUUUUCCUGGUUUGCCAAUCUGAUUCCCUCGGCGACAGGAGAAGCGUUGAGUCGAGACCAGAAGUCUAUCAUAAUAUACGCUUACGACGUGGUAACAAAGAUCGCUGCCAAUGCCAAUGUGGGCAAAGAAGGCAAAUUCCAUGCUUUCUUGCUUCUUACCUUGAGGUAGGGUAGAAAACUUUUAGGUAUAUGCAUAAAGUAAAGGUUUUUACCCAAAAAUUGAAGAACUGAUGUGGGCGCAGCUCAAAAAAUUAGUUUUGCAGGCUGCAGAUAUUAGAUUUCGCCGAUUUUUGGCUUUUUUUGAUGGAAAUGAUUGAGUUGUAAUUUUUAAUAGUUUUGUCAUUUUUAGAGACCACCAACUAGGAGCACUACUCUCAUUGCUAGCCUGGACGCCAGUAACCAAGGAGUUUUACGAUGAAACCUCGAUUCUGAAUCAGCCUGGGCAGUUGAAGGCAUUGAACCGACUUCUGAAUGCUCUUCACGACUUCAACUUCAACUUUGAGUCUUCUCUAACAUAUGGUAUUGGAAUCUAA